AUGAUGACAUUAAUUUCAAAGAGUUUCGUACUUCUAUUGACUUCUAUUCUAAGUACCACCGCGGAAAAGUUAAUAAUCGACACAGACGCCGGAGGUGACGAUGGAGUUGCGAUUCUUAUGCUCUUGAGAGCAGAAGCUUUGAAUGAAUCUCCAUACGAAAUCGUGGCUAUCACUUGUACCUACGGCAAUACGAAGGAAGAAAAUGUCGAGAACAAUGUGAUUCGCAUUCUGAGCUUCGCCAACAGAACAGACAUUCCCGUGUACAGAGGAGCAAAGCGACCGCUAUUAACCGUUAAUUUUGCCACUGACAAUACCUAUGGCAAGGAUGGAUUUGGUGACAGUUUACCACUACUAAGAUCGAAUGUAAAAAAAAUCGAGUCCAUGCACGCAUCUUUAGCGAUUAUCGAAUUGACGAAGAAAUACGAACGAAACGUUAGUAUCGUCAUGCUUGGUCCAACGACCAAUGUCGCUUUGGCUGCCUCUCUCGACGGCAAUUUGGUCGGCCGCAUGAAAAAAUUUCACGUCAUGGGCUCGAGUAUCGCCGGUCGAGGCAACUACAAAGCUAACGUGGAAUUCAACUUUGCCGCCGAUCCGGAGGGCAAUUUCAUACUACUGAGUUCGACCAACAGUUCACAGUUGACUUUGUUCCCUUGGGAAACUGCAUAUAACGCCAGAAUUAUUAAGGCUUGGAGAAUCCAAAUCCUUGGUAAGAUGACUUCACCUUAUAUGAAGUUUAUCAAUGCAAUUGAACAUGUAGCCUUAAAUUCUCCGCGCAAAUUCUACAUCAGUGCAGAUUCUUUAACAGUUGCCACGAUGUUGUGGCCUCAGAUUAUUAAGUCAAGCAUCGAAACUUAUGUACAGGCUGUGACUGAUGGUGCUGCCAGAGGUUCAGUACUAGUGGAAUACCGAAAAUCUAUAGAAAGAGCAAAUAAACCUAAUGCUAGAAUCAUUCAAUCGGUCGACAUCGCACUUUUUAAGGAAGCGUUCACUUAUUAUUUAACAUGUGUAAGAGUAGCUUGCUAG